UGGGCGGCGGGGGCGGCGGGGGCCCGGCCUGCGGCUAGUGCGAGCCGCCCGAGCGAGCAGCGGGCGCGGCCGCCCCCGAUCGCGCCAUGAAGAAGAGCGGCUCCGGCAAGCGGGGGCCUCCGGAUGGAAACCAGCAUUCUGCGGCGCCCGAGAAGGUCGGCUGGGUCCGGAAAUUCUGCGGGAAAGGCAUUUUCAGGGAGAUUUGGAAAAACCGCUAUGUGGUGCUGAAGGGCGACCAGCUCUACGUCUCCGAGAAGGAGGUAAAAGAUGAGAAAAAUAUCCAAGAGGUGUUUGACCUGAGUGACUAUGAGAAGUGUGAAGAACUCAGGAAAUCCAAGAGCAGAAGCAAGAAAAACCACAGCAAGUUCACCCUGGCCCGAUGCAAGCAGCCGGGCACCACGGCACCCAACCUGAUCUUCCUGGCAGUGAGUCCUGAAGAAAAGGAGUCAUGGAUCAAUGCCCUGAGCUCAGCCAUCACCAGAGCUAAGAACCGCAUCUUGGAUGAGGUCACUGUUGAAGAGGACAGCUACCUUGUCCAUCCUACUCGAGACAGAGCGAAGAUCCAGCACUCCCGCCGCCCUCCCACGCGGGGACACCUCAUGGCUGUGGCUUCGACCUCUACCUCAGAUGGGAUGCUGACAUUAGACCUGAUCCAAGAGGAAGACCCUUCCCCUGAGGAGCCAGCCUCUUGUGCUGAGAACUUUCGGGUGGAUCUGGACAAGUCUGUGGCCCAACUGGCUGGCAGUCGACGGAGAGCGGACUCCGACCGGAUCCAGCCCUCUUCACACCGGGCAAGCAGCCUUUCCCGGCCUUGGGAAAAGCCAGACAAGGGGGCUACCUACACCCCGCAAGCCCCGAAGAAGUUGACCUCUACAGAGAAGGGCCGCUGUGCCUCCCUGGAGGAGAUCCUGUCUCAGAGGGACACUGCCCCAGCCCGCCCCCUCCACCUUCGAGCUGAGGAAUCCCCAGCCCCCGUCCCCUCCCAGCCGGGGCAGCUGUCCCGGAUCCAGGACCUAGUAGCAAGGAAACUGGAGAAGACUCAGGAGCUGCUGGCAGAGGUUCAGGGACUGGGAGAUGGCAAGCGAAAGGCCAAGGACCCCCCACAGUCUCCACCUGAUUCUGAGUCGGAGCAGCUGCUGCUGGAGACAGAGAGGCUGCUGGGAGAGGCUUCCUCCAACUGGAGCCAGGCAAAGAGGGUGCUACAAGAAGUCAGGGAGCUGAGAGACCUGUACAGACAGAUGGACCUGCAGACCCCCGACUCCCACCUCAGACACACCUCCCAGCACAGUCAGUACCGGAAGAGCCUGAUGUGAAGGAGGGGGGCAGGUCUGGAAUUUGGGGGGGCACAGACUCUAUAUCUCCAAAUGUUGCAGGAUAAAGCUUUUUUUAUUUACCUCAGUCAAAAAAAAAAAAACCAAGCUCAUUGCUCUUGCCGAUGCCUGGCCUGCUGUGGCAUUUCCCUACCAACUUCCCUAGACAACUCCCUGGUCAGAGAGUUUCCCUGGUCACCUUGGAGAAGGUGAGCCCUGAGGCCCAAUGAAGGAGCCCUCACCAUACAGCCUGCUCACUGCACAGGCCAGCUGCUCCCAGCCCAGGAGGGAAGGGAUGCGGAUGCACAUGGCAGCGGCGGCAUCUGGGCUGGAGUGUGCUGGGGAAGUGGUUUCCUCGGAUGCCCCAUUCCAGGUUGUUAUUCAGAGGGUGAAAUUUCAGCUGUGCAACUUGAGUUCUAGGGACCGGGGGGCCGGUGCCACCUGUCCAUGCCAUAAGAGAAGUGAAAUUUACCCCGGCCCUGAGGAGGAUAUGUGGAAUUCACACUGGCCUCUCACCACGGUGUGUGUAUGGGUGGCGGGGUCGCUGAGGCUGAGGCGGAGCUAGGUGGCACAGUGCUCGCCUGGCCUGUGCCAGGCCCCUGUGCCAUAUCCAGCACUACCAAAAACAAGAUUGAUCUGCCUCGGUUUCCUGGUCUGAGAUGCUUCCCUUCCCUUCUACCAAGGACUCAAGACAAACUUGAAUAGACUGGCUUGGUCCUGUGCCUGGGGUGGGGCCGCAAAGGAGCUGGGAGCAGCUGACCCUGUGGAAGAGCUGACCUAAGCGAGAAGCUGGCUUGUGAUGGCGGCUGUGUGGGAAGAAGGGGAAGCCAGCCCUGCACCCAGCUUCCUCUUUCUGCCAGGCAAGGGUUCCUUCUACCCCCCUCCUCUGUCCGCCACCCUCCCAGCAGAGCACAGCUUCAGAACAGCUCUCCCCACACACCUCCUGCCAGACUUCCUCACUGGCGCCCGGUAGCAGUUCCCCCACGGCUUGUACUCUGAGAUUAAGUUUAUUAAUGAUAAUAGUGAGGCCUAGCACAGGGAAGGCAGGAACUGAAUGAUUCAUGGGGUAAGGACAUACAGCCUCUUGAAUCUGGCAUACAAGGGGUUAAAAAUAUGGUGGUAUGUCCUUGGCCCCUGCUCCUCCUGAGGUCUCACCCCAGCAGUCAGGUCCCAGAGCUUCAGAGAAGGAAGAGGAAGGACAGGCUAUGGGCUGCGGAGAGACUUGGGGGGACCCUUUGACCUGUGUUCUGUUGGGACAUUGCCACCUUGUACACAAGUUGGGGGAGUCCUUCCAAUUAAACCAUCUCGAGGAAAGAGA